AUGGCAGAAGAAAAUAAGACACAGGUGACGGAGUUUGUUCUCAUGGGACUUACAGAUCUUCCAGGGCUGCAGGUCCCCCUGUUCCUGGUGUUCUUGGUCAUCUAUCUCACCACCAUGGUGGGCAACCUUGGUCUGGUUGCUCUCAUCUGGAAGGACACCCACCUUCACAACCCCAUGUACUUAUUCCUCGGCAGUUUGGCCUUUGCAGAUGCCUGUACUUCAUCCUCUGUAACUCCCAGGAUGCUUGUAAAUUUUUUAUCCAAGAAUCAUGCGAUAUCUCUUUCUGACUGUCUGGCUCAGUUUUACAUUUUUGGUUCCAGUGCCACCACAGAGUGCUUCCUCCUGGUAGUGAUGGCCUAUGACCGCUAUGUAGCCAUUUGCAACCCUUUGCUUUAUCCAGUCAUGAUAUCCAAUAACCUCUGUACUCAGUUCAUUGGAGUUUCAUAUUUUAUUGGUUUUCUACAUUCAGCAAUUCAUGUGGGUUUGUUAUUUAGAUUAAUUUUCUGCAGGUCCAAUGAAAUACAUUGUUUCUACUGUGAAAUUAUACAACUUUUCAAAAUUUCUUGCACUGAUCCUACAGUUAAUACACUUCUGGUUUUAGUCUUUUCGGCCUUAGUACAAGUCUUCACUUUUAUGACCAUCAUGGUGUCUUAUACCCGUGUCCUCUUUGCCAUCCUGAAAAAGAAGUCUGAAAAGGGCAGGAGCAGAGCCUUCUCCACGUGCAGCGCCCACCCUGUUUCCUUGUUCUAUGGCACUCUCUUCUUCAUGUAUGUGCGUCCUGGGUCUGGCUACACUGAAGAUCAUGAUAAAAUUUAUUCUUUAUUUUACACAAUAAUAAUUCCUCUGCUAAAUCCUUUUAUUUACAGCUUGAGGAACAAAGAGGUUAUAGGUGCCUUGAGAAGAAUAAUGAAGAAAUAA